UGCUAACUAUUAAACCAUCCAACCUGGAAAACUCAAGUGAAUCUACAACAAACACUUUAAAAUACUCAUAACUGGAUCCAAAACCAGAGUAUACCUCCUUUGUCUUCUAGCACUCCCAAGUUCAAGUGUCCAUGUGCUUGUUCCCUUAUUUUGAACAGAACCUUAUUAGCUCACUUUGUUUCGGUUUCACAAGACCGUGCCUUAGUUUUUUAUAAUCUCACCGUCCAAACCAUUUACCAAAAACAAUAACAAAACACAAGGCCCUCUCCUUCCACCCUUUUUAUAUAAACCCACACCCUUCUCAUUCCAAGCUUCAAAAACUCCCCAACUCCUCACCCCUCUCCAUCCAAACACCCAAGAAAAAACCUCAAAAAUGGUUUCUCUAGAAACCUUUCAGGCAAUUCCUAAAUCCGUCGAGCCGAAUUCGAGCCCCCGGAUAUCCUUUUCCGGGGACUUGGCCGAGGAGAGAAACUUUGUCUCCUUGAGCCCGAAGUCCCCUAACCAGCCCGAGAGGGAGAGAUCCCCGCGAGCCGGGGAAUUCGAGUUCCUCUCGGGCAACGCGACCAGCCAGACGACGAUGCUGUCCGCGGACGAGCUGUUCUUCGAAGGGAAGCUGCUUCCCUUCUGGCAGGUGCAGAAUUCGGAGAAGCUCGAAAAGGUGAGUCUCAAAGAGAAGGAGGAGGUGGAGAAGAUCAAAGAGGUGUACCAGCACAAGGAGGAGAGUGCUACCAGAGUGACUAGUUGGUUUGUUGAUGAGGACCCAUCACCCAGACCGCCCAAGUGCACUGUUUUAUGGAAAGAGCUGAUGAGGCUGAGGAAGCAACGGCCGUCUUCGCUGUCGCCAUCUUCUUCCUCUUCGUCCUCCUCCUCUUCGUGCUCGUUCGGAGGCGAUUUGCCUCCGAUCGCGGAAGGGAGAGAGGGGUCCGGAGGGAACAGAGAGAAGCACGCCAAGAGGAUGAAGAAAGGGUUGGAGAGGACAAGAUCAACGAGUAUAAGAAUAAGGCCCAUGGUCAAUGUGCCGAUUUGCACACAAGGGAAGAACAAUUCACAGUUGCCUCCUCUGUUUUCUAGUAAGAAAGGAAGACUAGAUAGAUAAGGAGGAAAAGCAGUAAAGGCAUUUGUUUGGUAUGGAAUGCAGAAUUGUCCAUCUUGGUGUCAAAAAAACCAAUUUUUUUGCUCUGCAUUCACUUUUUUUUUCUUCUCAAUUUGUACGUGUAUGAGUGUGGUUUGUGUUGGAUCUGAUGAACUUUAGUGUAAAUUCUGACUUUGAGUUUUUAUUGGUUUUCUGUUAACAAAGGAUGAUAAAUGCUGGUUGUUCUGAA